AUGCUCCGCUUGAAUUCGAAGGAGGUCCGUCAGCUUCUACACAACAAGUUUGUGGUCAUCUUAGGCGACUCAAUCCAGCGAUCUGUCUACAAGGACCUCAUUCAGUUGCUCCAGAGUGACUCCUUACUCACUUCGUCCCAAAUGAAGACUAAGGGCGAAUUCACUUUUGAAAACGACCACCUAAUCGAAGGCGGUGUGCUUGAGGGCCUACACAACGGAAUUCAUUACCGGGAAGUCCGUCAGUAUCGCACCCGUUAUCAUCUCGUCCGCUUCUACUUCCUGACUCGGAUCUACUCGGCAUAUCUGGAAAGCAUCCUCGACGAUUUCCGGGCUGGCCCACCGCCAGAUGUUUUGAUCCUCAAUUCUUGUGUUUGGGAUGUUUCCAGAUACGGCCCGUCUUCCAUGAUGGAAUACCGCAAGAAUCUGGAGAUCACUUUCAACAGAUUGGAUGCUGAACUCUCAUCCUCCUGUUUGGUCAUCUGGAACAUGACCAUGCCUCUUGGACCCAGGAUCAAAGGUGGCUUCCUUAUACCAGAGCUGCAGCACCUGAACCAGACCCUCCGCAAGGACAUCAUUGAAGGCAACUUCUACGGGGCCACGCUGGCUGCCCUCCACCUUUUUGACGUGGUGGACCUCCACUUCCACUUCCGCUUCGACGUGGGGAACCGGGUCAAAGAUGGCAUCCACUGGAACAACGUGGUGCAUCGCAGGAUCACCAACCUUCUCCUGACCCAUCUGGCGGACGCCUGGGGCGUCGUGAUCCCAGAGAAGGAUCCUUGGGAGGGUCAAGUGACAUUUGCUGGACGUUAUGAAGCCGACGGGCAUUAUCCGGAGCACCCCCGUUUCUAUGAUGACUGUUUACUCGUUCCCAAUGGUGGGGGGACACCGACGCCUUUAUCGGGAUUUACCAGCUUUGAGGACUCCCGAGGCUUCUUUUACCCAGACAACGUGUUCAGAGAUGUGGCCCUCGACAACUUUGAUUGCCAUCUGUGGGGGCCCCCAGAUCCCUUCCUGCCUUACCCCUCCCACAACGAAGAAAACAUAUUCCCAAGCUCCAGGUGGCAUCGAAAAAGGAGAACACAUGCGGGCGCUCCCUUUGUCAUGCGCCAAGAGCACUCGUACCGGGGAGAUGUUUCGCCGUACUGGAAACGCAAGCUCCCCUUGAAGCGCCACUGA